AUGUCAGAAUCACCAACUCCAAGCGUCAUGCUGGACUACUCUUUGCUACACAACAACUUGGCUCCACAUUUUCUCGGGUUAAAUUCUGUUUCCAAAGCUGAACCAUCGAAGGUUACCGACUUUGUCAAAUCACAUCAAGGACACACAGUCAUAACACGUAUUUUAAUUGCAAACAAUGGUAUCGCAGCAGUUAAGGAGAUAAGAUCGGUCAGAAAGUGGGCUUAUGAAACAUUCGGAGACGAAAGAGCAAUACAGUUCACUGUGAUGGCAACCCCCGAGGAUUUAGAAGCAAAUGCUGAAUAUAUCAGAAUGGCAGACCAGUUUGUUGAAGUACCAGGAGGAACAAACAACAAUAACCACGCCAACGUUGAUUUGAUUGUCGACAUUGCUGAAAACACUGAUGCCCAUGCCGUAUGGGCCGGUUGGGGACAUGCAUCGGAGAAUCCCCUUUUGCCGGAAAGAUUGGCAGCAUCCCCCAAAAAGAUUAUUUUUAUUGGACCACCUGGAUCUGCUAUGAGAUCUUUAGGAGACAAAAUUUCAUCUACCAUUGUUGCGCAACACGCUGAUGUUCCGUGUAUUCCAUGGUCCGGUACAGGGGUUGACGAAGUCCGUGUAGACCCAGAAACCAACUUGGUUUCUGUUACUGAUGAUGUUUAUGCCAAAGGUUGUUGUACAAGCCCUGAAGAUGGAUUGGAAAAGGCGAAACAAAUUGGAUUCCCAGUUAUGAUUAAAGCCUCUGAAGGUGGUGGUGGUAAAGGUAUUAGAAAGGUUGAAAGCGAGGAGAAUUUUGUCACAUUGUAUAAUCAAGCUGCAAAUGAGAUCCCGGGGUCUCCAAUAUUUAUUAUGAAACUUGCUGGUGACGCCAGACAUUUGGAGGUUCAAUUAUUGGCCGAUCAAUAUGGAACAAAUAUUUCCUUGUUCGGUAGAGAUUGUUCUGUCCAAAGAAGACAUCAAAAGAUUAUUGAAGAAGCACCUGUUACUAUUGCCAAGAAGGAAACAUUUACCGAAAUGGAAAAGGCAGCAGUCAGAUUGGGCAAAUUGGUCGGAUAUGUUAGUGCCGGUACAGUCGAAUACUUGUACUCCCAUGCUGAAGACAAGUUUUACUUUCUUGAAUUAAAUCCUAGGUUGCAAGUUGAACAUCCUACUACUGAAAUGGUUACCGGUGUCAAUUUACCAGCAGCUCAAUUGCAGAUUGCCAUGGGUAUCCCAAUGCACAGGAUCAGAGAUAUUCGUACACUCUACGGUGCUGACCCUCAUUCUGCCACCGAGAUUGAUUUCGAAUUUAGUACUGAAAAUGCUGUUGUCAGUCAAAGGAGGCCAUCUCCAAAAGGUCACUGUACUGCUUGCCGUAUCACUUCUGAAGAUCCAGGUGAGGGAUUCAAACCCAGUGGAGGCUCUUUACAUGAAUUGAACUUUAGGUCAUCCUCCAAUGUUUGGGGUUACUUUUCUGUGAGUAAUCAAUCAUCUAUCCACUCGUUUUCAGACUCCCAAUUUGGCCAUAUUUUUGCUUUUGGUGAAAACCGUCAAGCGUCAAGAAAACACAUGGUUGUUGCAUUGAAGGAAUUGAGUAUUCGAGGUGACUUUAGAACCACAGUGGAGUAUUUGAUCAAAUUAUUAGAGACUCCAGAUUUUGAGGACAACACAAUUACCACUGGUUGGUUGGAUGAAUUGAUUACCAAAAAGUUGACUGCAGAGAGACCUGACCGUAUUGUUGCCAUUGUUUGUGGUGCUGUGACUAAAGCACAUAUUCAAGCUGAAGAGGAGGAAAAAGAAUAUAUACAGUCAUUGGAACGUGGACAAGUUCCCCAUAAGAAUUUGCUAAAGACGAUUUUUCCAGUGGAAUUCAUUUACGAGGGUGAAAGAUACAAAUUCACCGCCACAAAGUCGUCCGACGACACAUACACGUUAUUCCUCAAUGGAUCAAGAUGUACUGUUGGCGCACGUCCGUUGUCCGAUGGAGGGUUGUUAUGUGCAUUAGGAGGUAAAUCCCACGCAGUUUACUGGAAAGAGGAGGCUGCAGCUACUAGAUUAUCGGUGGAUGGAAAAACAUGCUUACUUGAGGUUGAAAACGACCCAACACAGUUAAGAACUCCAUCUCCUGGGAAGUUGGUUAAAUACUUGGUUGAAAGUGGCGACCAUGUUAAUGCUGGUGAUACUUUUGCAGAAAUCGAAGUAAUGAAAAUGUGCAUGCCAUUGAUUGCACAAGAAAAUGGUGUUGUUCAAUUGAUCAAACAGCCAGGUUCAACUGUCAAUGCCGGUGACAUGCUUGCUAUUUUGGCUUUGGAUGAUCCAAGCAAAGUCAAACAUGCCAAACCUUUUGAAGGGACUUUGCCCGACAUGGGUGCGCCAAAUGUUCGUGGAUCAAAACCUGCUCACAAGUUUAACGAUUAUGCUGCCAUUUUGAGAAAUAUCUUGGCUGGGUAUGACAAUCAAGUCAUCAUGAAUACGACUUUGAAAAAGAUUGUUGAGGUCUUGAAAGAUAGGGAAUUGCCUUACUCAGAAUGGCAGCAAUGCAUUUCCGCAUUGCAUUCAAGAUUGCCUAUCAAGUUGGACGAGUCGUUGACGUCUUUGAUUGAGAGAACCAAAUCUAGAAAUGCCGAUUUCCCUGCUCGUCAAAUAUUGAAACAAAUCGGUAAAGCUCUUUCUGAAGAAGGAGCAUUGAAGGAUAUCGUUGCACCCUUGGUUGCUAUCGCCACGAGAUACGAAAAGGGCUUAGUGGAGCAUGAAUAUGACUUCUUUGCAUCCUUGAUUGACGAAUAUUACAAUGUUGAAAGUUUAUUCGUUGGUACUAAUGUCAGAGAGGAUGAUGUGCUCUUGAAAUUGAGAGAUGAGAACAAGUCCGAUUUGAAGAAAGUUAUCAGCAUCUCCUUAUCGCAUUCAAAAGUAUCAGCCAAGAAUAAUUUAAUUAUAGCCAUUCUCCAAGAAUAUGAACCAUUAUUACAGUCCAAUUCUUCCGUCGCCGCUUCAAUCAGAGAUUCGUUGAAAAAGUUGGCGCUGUUGGAUUCUCGUGGUUGUGCCAAGGUUGCAUUAAAGGCCAGAGAAAUUUUGAUUCAAUGUUCAUUGCCAUCAAUUAAGGAAAGAUCCGACCAAUUGGAACACAUUUUAAGAUCAUCUGUGUUGCAAACUUCAUAUGGUGAAAUGUACGCUAAGCAUAGAGAACCAAAUUUGGACAUUAUUCAAGAAGUGGUCGACUCUAAGCAUAUUGUAUUCGAUGUUUUGUCGCAAUUUUUUGUCAACACUGACGAAUGGGUCGCCAUUGCUGCUUCCGAGGUGUACGUGAGACGUUCUUAUCGUGCUUACCAAUUAGGUAAAAUAGAGUACGAUUUCCACGAUCAGUUACCGAUCAUUGAAUGGAAAUUCAGGUUGCCUAGUAUUGCCAAUUCAAGAUUCAAUGCUAUUCAACAACCAGCUACAGAGGAGGAAAACACUUCAAUGAAACAUUCGGCAUCAGUUUCCGAUUUGUCUUUCGUUGUUGAUUCAAAAACAGACCAGAUGGAAAGAACUGGUGUUUUGGUCCCUUGUAGACAUCUCGAUGAUGCGGAUGAAAUGUUAAGUGCAGCAUUAGAAAAGCUUCAACCAAGUGACGCUUUGACAUUCCAAGCCGGAGAAGAACAAACUGAGUUACUUAAUGUGCUCAACAUUGUUAUUAACAACAUCGAUGGAUACGCCGAUGAAAAGGAAUAUUUGGAAAGAGUCAAGGAUCUUUUAGGCGAGUACAAAGAAGAUUUGGUAAAAGCUAGUGUUCGUCGUAUUUCUUUUGUAUUUGCCCAUCAAGUUGGUUCUUAUCCAAAAUACUAUACAUUCACUGGUCCCGACUAUUUGGAAAAUAAGGUCAUCAGACAUAUUGAACCUGCAUUGGCUUUCCAAUUGGAGUUAGGAAGAUUGGCAAACUUUGACAUAAAACCUAUAUUCACAAACAAUAGGAACAUCCACGUUUAUGAAGCAGUUGGAAAGAAUGCACCUGCCGAUAAGAGAUUCUUCACCAGGGGUAUUAUUAGAACAGGUGUAAUCAAAGAUGACAUCAGUAUCUCAGAAUAUUUGAUUGCUGAAUCGAAUAGAUUAAUGAGUGACAUAUUGGAUACCUUGGAGGUGGUUGAUACAUCCAAUUCAGACUUGAAUCAUAUCUUUAUCAAUUUCUCAAAUGUCUUCAAUAUCCAACCAGCUGAAGUUGAAGCGGCAUUUGGCUCAUUUUUGGAGAGGUUUGGAAGAAGGUUAUGGAGGUUAAGAAUUACUGGUGCCGAGAUUAGAAUUGUCUGUGCCGAUUCCAAGGGUAACGCUCUCCCACUUCGUGCUAUCAUUAAUAACGUUUCUGGUUAUGUUGUCAAAUCAGAUCUUUACUUAGAGAUGAAGAAUGCCAAAGGAGAUUGGGUAUUCAAAUCAAUUGGCCAUCCAGGUCCAAUGCAUUUGAGACCUAUUUCAACAACCUAUCCGGUCAAGGAAUCUUUGCAACCAAAACGUUACAAGGCUCACAAUAUGGGAACAACUUAUGUGUACGACUUUCCCGAACUUUUCCGUCAAGCAACUCUUUCCCAAUGGAAAAAGUACGGUCAAAAAGCUCCAAAUGACGUUUUCACUUCGUUGGAAUUAAUACCUGAUGAAAAUGGUGGGUUAACUGCUUUGGAAAGAGACCCAGGUUCAAAUAAAAUUGGUAUGGUAGGUUUUUUGGUUACUGCAAAAACACCAGAAUACCCACGUGGACGCCAAUUCGUCAUCGUUGCUAACGAUAUAACUCACAAAAUAGGUUCUUUUGGCCCUGAAGAGGAUAACUUUUUCAACAAGUGUACUGAACUUGCAAGAGAAAAGGGUGUGCCCAGAAUUUAUCUCUCUGCCAACUCAGGUGCUAGAAUCGGAAUUGCAGAGGAAUUAAUUCCAUUGUUCCAAGUUGCUUGGAAUAAAGAUGGGAAACCGGAAGAAGGAUUCAAGUACUUGUACUUGACACCUGAAGCAAAGCAUGCCAUUGAUGAAGAUGGUAAAGGCAACACACUAGUCACAGAAAGAGCUGUGGAGGAAGGACAAGAACGUUAUAUCAUCAAGGCGAUUGUUGGUGCUGAAGAUGGUUUGGGUGUCGAGUGUCUUAGAGGAUCCGGAUUGAUUGCUGGUGCAACUUCCAAAGCUUACAAAGACAUUUUCACUAUUACUUUGGUCACAUGUAGGUCUGUUGGUAUUGGUGCAUACUUGGUCAGAUUAGGACAAAGGGCCAUUCAAGUUGAAGGACAACCUAUUAUCUUAACAGGUGCUCCUGCUAUUAACAAAAUGUUGGGUAAAGAGGUCUACUCGUCCAACUUGCAAUUAGGUGGUACUCAAAUUAUGUACAGAAAUGGUGUCUCACAUUUGACUGCUAAUGAUGACUUGGAAGGUGUCGAAAAGAUUAUGGAAUGGUUGUCGUAUGUCCCAGCUAAACGUGGCUUGCCAGUGCCAAUUUUGGACUCAGAGGACCCUUGGGAUAGGGAUGUGGACUAUUUCCCUCCAAAACAAGAACUGUUUGAUGUCAGAUGGAUGAUUGAAGGUAAAGAAACUGAUAACGGUUUUGAAUCAGGUUUGUUUGAUAAGGACUCUUUCCAGGAAACUUUGUCAGGCUGGGCUAAAGGUGUUGUUGUUGGAAGAGCACGUCUUGGAGGUAUUCCAAUUGGUGUCAUUGGAGUGGAAACAAGAACUGUUGAUAACUUGAUUCCUGCAGACCCUGCUAAUCCAAAUUCCACAGAGUCCCUUGUACACGAGGCUGGCCAAGUUUGGCAUCCAAAUUCUGCUUUCAAGACUGCUCAAGCUAUCAACGAUUUCAACUAUGGUGAGCAACUUCCAUUGAUGAUAAUGGCUAACUGGAGAGGAUUUUCUGGUGGGCAAAGAGAUAUGUACAAUGAGAUUUUGAAAUAUGGGUCGUUCAUUGUUGAUGCGUUGGUGGACUUUAAGCAACCUAUUUUCACUUAUAUUCCUCCAUUUGGCGAGUUGAGAGGUGGCUCUUGGGUUGUUGUUGACCCAACUAUUAAUGAAGAGAUGAUGGAAAUGUAUGCUGAUGUUGAUUCUAGAGGUGGUGUUUUAGAAGCCGAAGGUUUGGUUAGUAUCAAAUACAGACGUGACAAAUUAUUGGCCACCAUGGAGAGAUUAGACACGAAGUAUGCUGAGUUAAAAUCGAAAAUUAAUGAUCCAUCUUUAACCCCUGAAGAGCAUUCAGAGGUUAGCCGUAAAUUGACAGUUAGAGAAAAGGCAUUGUUGCCAAUAUAUGCUCAAAUUUCGGUCCAGUUUGUUGAUUUACAUGAUAGGUCUGGUCGUAUGUUGGCAAAGGGUGUUAUUAGGGGAGAAGUUAAGUGGUCAGAUGCUAGACGUUUCUUCUUCUGGAGGUUACGUAGAAGAUUGAAUGAGGAAUAUGUGUUGAAAAUGAUCGGAGCGCAGCUCAAGAAUUCCAGCAAGUUGGAAAAAGUGGCCCGUUUAAAGAGUUGGAUGCCUGCAGUUAAUUAUGAUGAUGAUCAAGAGGUUAGCAAUUGGAUUGAGGAGCAUCAUAGUAAAUUGACAAAGAGAUUGGAGGAGUUGAAACACGAUGCAACGAGGGCGGAUUUGAUGAAGUUGUUGAGUAACGAUUCAGGCGCAGCUUUAGCUGCUGUAAAAGAGUAUCUUGAGAAACUUCCCCAAGAGUCAAAGAGCGAUUUUUUGAACUCGUUAUAG